AGAAUCGGUCGCGCCCGGGGCGUGAGCCAGGCGCACGAGACCGGGAACGAGCGAGAGAGAGUAAAUGGGAGGGAGGAAAAGGGAGAGAGAGAGAGAGAGAGAGAGGGAGCGCGCGAAAGAGAACGCGACACGCUUGCCGCGGAGGGCUGCGUCUGCGUUCGCCAGGCAGUUACUCUGGAACCGUUGCCUUGACGACACGCAUCCACGCAUGCGCGUACGCGACAUCGACGGUCCGCGACGUCGACGACAGUCCGAGAGUUGCGCGCGCCAGUUUCGUCCGUCACCCUCGGUAUCACCGUGCAGUUUCCACCACCACCUUCACCGUCGCCACCACCACCGCCAUCGCCCACCACCAUCGCCCCGCGAGUCCUCUGCUCUCUUUCUCUCCGUCUCUCUCCCACCCUUUCUCUCUCCGCCCUCGCCUCGUGAUCGCACGGACGCGCGCGCGCGCGCGCGUCAACGCGUUAACGGGAGUGCGCGCUGUCACCGUCGAGAAACGUCAUUUCGCGGAUCCCGUGGCGGCCGACCAGCGAUCAGCGGCACUCGAUCGCUCGCGUGCGCGCGCGCGCGCUUUUUAACCUCCCCGCGGGAGCGCCUCCUUUUCGCAUCUUGCGCGCGACAUGUCAACGCUGAAAACGAUCCGUACGCGGGAUCCGUCGCGAGUGUCUUUUAGCCAGCGGGGCCGAAGAAAGUGCUCGAUGAGUGACGGUUUGUAAGAGAAGGAAAAUUUGGAGGCAUCGAACGACGAUGACAGAACACUGUCCUGGGAUAGGGAGAUUUAAAUACAGUGCGCGGAUAGCUUAGGACUCGUCCAAUGUUUCCGUUUGGGAAUUACGUUGUCGCGAGAACUCGAGGAACACCGUCCAUGAUUCGUGACUCGAGAUUAUUGGCUACUUUUAGUCGCUGGCGUUAGUGCUCUCGCGGACGAUGCUCGGCGACGCCGGGCGACGAUGACGAACGAUUCGGACUAAUCAAUCGACGAAAUCCGUUUUUCGCGGGACGCAAUGUUCGCAGCGACAUUCGAGGAGCCCUCGGCAGCCUCCUGGUGCGGGAAAGUGUUUCGCGUUUCACGGAACUCGCUAAAGUCGACGCGCGGGACGUCAGCGCGAUUCCGAUGUACGUGACUGUCGAUAUCGCCAAGUCUGGAAGGAUAGCAGCGUUUCGUCCCGAAGAGGAGCUCUAGCAAACCCCCAAGGGGAGGAUAUAAUCAAAGAUACAGAAUCUUCUUUCAUCAGGACGCUUCAAGAUCCUCCAAUUGGACGGGGACGAUCCGAGUCGAAAGAUGGUAUCGCCGCAUCGUCCUCCGCCUCGCUCCUGAAGAGACUCCAGACUCCGGACUCUAGGACUCCUCAGAGAAGCGGGGAUAGGAUCCCGAUCCCACGGCCGUCGGAUAUCACGGCGCUCGCGGCGGCGGUCGCAGGUUGGAUGGUGCCGCGAGGAUUGAUCCUCGGCAGGACGACGACACGGGAGCCGGAGCCGGAGCCGGAGCAGCUACGCUUUUACGACUCUCCGUCGCCGCCACCACGGAUGGACGCGAGUGUGUGCUGCUUGCCCGCCGGUGCCGCCGCGGCCGCCACGGGGGUGGCCCAGCAUCAUCACCAUCCUCAUCCGGCGUCGCUGCCCGGUCUGCCGUCCGCCGUCGGCGUCCAGCCGCCGAUACAGCCGCCCUACGUCGCCCAGUACGCCGCCGACCAGAUAGUGCCCGACCGGGCCCAGCCCGACGGGCCUCUCGCCGUCCUGGCGGGAUGCAACGCUCAGGACGGCUGGCAGCAGAUCUCGUCGACGCCGCCGGUCACCGCCACCACCACCGCGUACAUCGACUACUCGUGGCUGCAGAUGCAGCAGACGUCGGACCUGGACACCUUGUUGUGCAGGCAGGAUCUCGAUCGUCUACAGAGGCUGGAUGAAGAUGAAUCGGACGCGAGAGACGCACGGGAACCUUCGUCGGUGCACAUGGAGGACUUCUUCGAGGUCGGCGGUCCCACGACGGUGUGCCGGCCACCGCAGGCCAGCUUCGUCUCCGCCAGGGGUCAGCCAGCGGCCGCCGGUCAAGACGACGACGUGUUCCUCAGGCCGCCGCUCUGGGAGGACAUCACGUCGAGCAUCCAGAAGCUGGACCCGGAGAACGCGGACAUGCUGGGCUCGCAGUCCCACGUGAAACUGGAGACGGAUGACGUGACGUCGCCGCCGGUUCUGUCUCCGGUGGAGAUCAAGACGGAGCCGCUACCGCCCCCGCCAACCUUGCACCUCCUCGAGAGCCCGAAUCCCGCGCAGAACCCCUUUCCGAACCCCGCCAGUGUUCAGCACGUCGUCCAUCAUCGGACAACGCCGACAACGACGACGGCGCUCUUCAAGAACUUUCCCAACAAUAACAAUAACAAUAAUAGCAACAACAACAACAAUAGUGGUACCGUUAAUAGCAACGGCGCGAGCGGGAACGGCGGCAAUAACGGUAGCAGCGGCGGCGCCAGCAACAACAACAACGGCAGCAACAAUAGCAACAACGGUAACGGUGACUCGUCGACGACGAGUCAUCAUCAGGCGAGCGGUAACGCGACGUCGCCGCUCUACGGCUCGAUGACGAGGCUGAUGUAUAUUUCACCGCUGACGCCACCGAUCUCCGAUCCCGGCUCGCCCAUUGGUCCACCCAGGCGGACACCGCCACCCCCGUAUCCUCAGCCUGGCCCGAUCCUGAAUCCGGCCCACAGGAUUCAGCCGUCGUCGAUGUCGUCCAAGUUCAACAGGCGGAACAACCCGGAGCUGGAGAAACGUCGAGUGCACCAUUGCGAUUUCAUAGGUUGUACAAAAGUCUACACGAAGAGCUCGCACCUAAAGGCUCAUCAGCGGAUACACACGGGCGAGAAACCGUAUCAGUGUCAAUGGCCGGAGUGCGAGUGGCGAUUCGCCAGGAGCGACGAAUUGACGCGGCAUUACCGCAAGCACACCGGGGCUAAGCCCUUUAAAUGCGCGGUCUGCGAGCGCUCGUUCGCCAGAAGCGAUCAUCUCGCGCUGCACAUGAAGCGGCACCUCCCGAAGCAGCACACCAAGUGAAGCGAAGGAGCGACAAAGAGGCGAGAGAAAGAGAAGGAGAGAGUCGUCUUCUUCGCUUCCCUCCUCCCUCGCUCCUCGGCUACCUGUGUUGGACGCGCUUUUUCGCCAUUCGGGCUUUCGAUUAGAAUCCGUCAAUCGAGCGAUUCGUAGACGGAAAUGCGUAGAAAUUAGACGAGUGCAGGCUACUUUCCCAAGUAUUAUUCUCCAAACGGAACGACAUAUCCAUGGCAUCAUGUCGCUGCAGAAAUUGCACGUGGUUAUUACGUCGUUAUCGCGCGCGAAUCUGUUUUUCUUUUCCUCAUUCAAAGUCCCGAUCUCGAAAGGUUGGUACGGAGCUCGGUGAUUAUUUUCGAGCCGAUCCUUACGACCGUUAAAUCACGUUCGUUUAUGUGCAAUCGAAUUCCCAUUCUCGCGAUACGAUUCCGGCUCCGGGUCCCAAUCUCCGUCGGCGCCGAUUCGCGAUAUGCAAUGUAUACGUGCACCGAUCGACGGAGCAUCGAUCGGGUGCCGCUCGAAGCCGAGCUCCGAGUCCCGGCUCCGAUCCACGCCUCGGUUUGCGUUCAUUACUCUUCGGUUAACCGAUUAUGACGAAACACAUCCUCGGUGUGGGUGGCGAUCGCGAGGAUGUAUUUCGUCAUAGCGCUGUAUGCUCGCUCACGGACACGACCCGGGAGUGAGAGACGCCGGGAUCUUACGUGUAACUGUAGCGUCGACGAACGAGCCCGGAGCCGAGCCGAGAGUCGAGUCGUGCGCGACUAGAAGAGCGAAGCUAGCGUUCUCGGAAAGUAAAAGUAAGUAAAAACAGCUCCUCGUCCCGGGAGAAACAUCUCGCUCUUAAAAACGUCGAGACGUUAUUUCGGAUCCGCUCGUGACCGAGCGCGACGUUUGUGCAAUUUUUUUCGAUCGAAUCGCUCAAGGACGCGAAUCUGCGGUUACCCCUUUUUCGCUCUCUUUCCGCGCGGUAUCGAGAAUCGCAUCCGUGGAAACUCUCGAAAAGCUCCUUUCAACAAAAAUCAGGGAGAGAGAGAGAGAAGAGAUAUAUUUACAUUUGCAGAUAACAAUGUUCAAGUCGAAUCGGGGACUCUGCUAUCUUUAUCCGCAUAUUUUUCGCGAGGUUGAUUUCUCGCUCUAAUCGAGGCAACGUAUUCGACUCUUCUCCUCCUCGACCUGUCGCUUCGCGAUCCCCUCGAGUCCUCGGCGAAAUGAUUUGCCGGAUUAAAGCAUCGCUAUCUCGAAAUUAUCGCUAUCUACAGGUUGACCGCGACUCGAGAUACCCCGUUUGGCGCGUAAACGUUGGUUUACAUUCGCGCUCGAGCUUAAGCCGAGGAAGCUUUAAUCGCCUCAUCGUCCCGCGUCAUUUCGAUAGUCGUCGCUAAUGCGAAAUUUGCCGCGACAUAUUUACCGAGCCUCCUCGAGGCAGGAACAGAUAGAUAGAUAGUAGAAGAGCGAGUAUCACGCCUCUCGUCGUUAUCACGUUCGUAUGCGAGAAGCGACACGAUAUCGUGUGAUGCCUUAUGUACAAAUUCGCGUAGAAUCUUGAAGAGAUAAGACGAUCGAUGUACGUGUGCGUGCGUGAGUGCGUGUGUGCAUCCGUAACGAGUGUUGCAUCCGUGUGCUAUAUGCGAGUAUGUGUAUUUAUAUAUACGUAUUCUACACACACACGCGCGCGAUAGAGUCUGUGUAUGCGCUUGUGUAUACGUGUAAAAAAAAAGGAAGGAAGAAAAGUGACGGAAAGAAGAUACGCAUCUGAGAUAGCCAUGUGUAGCUAGUGUGUAAUAUUAUCUGUAUAUUACCGCGGAACGAUGGGCCGGGAAUAAUUCGUUCUCACGCGUGCUCCAAUCGGCCCGAGCCGAUCCAUCCAUCCAUCGCUCGUCAUUCAAGGCGUAGACGCUUUCGCGCGAAAAACGCAAGGGACUUGUAACGGACCGACUUGUGGCGAUAGCCAGGGACGUAGAGAAUCCCACGUAAGGGUACAGUGAAUUUUUUAAAAAUCCAUAGUUCUGAGAGUCUCUCAAAAAAAAAAAAUUAUCAUGCUUCCUUGUUAAACAUUCUUUCGACACUUGCCACUCGGUUGGAGACUGAAGAGUUAUUUCGAAAUCUUUAUAUAGUGUAGAAUCUUGUUUCACCAAUUCUUUCAAUGUAUCCUUUUCCAAAGAAGGUAUCCUUUUGACCUACGCAAAUGAUACAAUGAUUUGAAAAUGUAUCGUCCAUCCAACCAUCGCUCGUCAUUCAAGACGUAGACGCUUUCGCGCGAAAAACGCAAGGGAUUUAUAACGGACCGACUUGUGGCGAUAGCCAGGGACGUAGAGAAUCCCACGUAAGGGUAUAGUGAAUUUUUUAAAAAUCGAUAGUUCUGAGAGUCUCUCAAAAAAAAAAAAUUAUCAUGCUUCCUUGUUAAACAUUCUUUCGACACUUGCCACUCGGUUGGAGACUGAAGAGUUAUUUCGAAAUCUUUAUACAGUGUAGAAUCUUGUUUCACCAAUUCUUUCAAUGUAUCCUUUUCCAAAGAAGGUAUCCUUUUGACCUACGCAAAUGAUACAAUGAUUUGAAAAUGUAUCGUCGAUUCGCUUAUAUAUAUAUAUAUAUAGCUUAUAUAUAUCCUAUAACAUAUUAUCCAGAUUCUCGUUUAGAUUCCCUUAUAAGGAACGAGCCGAUAUUUUGAUUUCGUUUUUUGCAACAUUUUAUUGCUAGAAACUCGGACUAUUAAUUUCAAGAAAGUUACCAUCCGUCCCUGGCGCUGGGAAGACAUCGCGUUAGAUGAAAGGAGAUGGACAAAAGGAGAGAAAGAAAGAUGGGGAGAGAAAGGCGUCGGCGAAAAGCGAUUUCGCGUAUCUCGGACGUUCCGUUACGUUCCGAUAUACGAGCACGUCUCGUACCUCGGGAGCCCGCGCAGGAGGCCAAAAAUUCUGUCCAUAGUCGACGCUUUGUACACAACGCGCGGAUCGUUGUAAUAAUAAUGAUCGAUCGAUCGGAUCGGAUCGUUGUGUAGUUACGUAGUCGAGCGUUAGACGGAAAAAGCGAAGUAACGUGUCUAUUUAUAUCUCUGUCUAUCCGCCUACCUAUCUCGUCACCGCAUCCUUCCGAAUCGAUUCCUUCGAAUCGUCCUUCUCGUCCUCGUCGUCGUCGUCGUCGUCGUUUAGUCCUGUCCCGACACUUUCUUCCUGUUUUUUUCUCUUCUUUUUCAAUUUUAUUUCGCCGCCCGAUUUACCUCGCCUCCUCUCCGUCUUUCGUUCCUCCUCUUCUCGUCCCCCCUCUCCUCCCUCUUAUCCUGUCUUCGUUGAUAGCGGUUCCUCCGCUUCUAGCUUGUAUCCUCUACCCAUUGUCGAGAGGGAUCGACUUUCUACGCGGUUACUCUUAUCUUAUAUAUAUAUUAUAUAUAAAUGCGAAAUAUACCUCAUUUUUGCAAAUAUGCAGUAAUAGUGUCGACGAGCGCCGCUUUAAAGCGCAUAUCAAAUUUGUACGCACCUCUUACUCUCGACUUUUUGCGGUCUGUCCAUAAUGUUUACGCUGUAAUUUGUGUGUUGUGUAAUUUAAAUAUACAAUGAUAUAUCUCUCUGUAAUGAUACGUAUCAUUCCGCAUUGUUUUCGCUCGUAGGUCGAUAAAAUGAGACUAUCUACGUCA